GAAAUGUCAACUAUUGGGAGUUUUGAAGGUUUCCAGCCUGUGUCUCUGAAGCAAGAGGGAGAAGAUCAGCUGUCAGAGACGGAACACCUGUCCAUGGAGGAGGAGGACCCAGGCAAUGGCCAAGAGCCCAGGCAGAUUUCACGACAGUCAAGUGUGACUAAGUCAACACUUCACCCCAAUCCUUACCGCAAGCCUUAUACCGCAAGGACGUACUUCGUUACCCGGCCAGGGGCCAUUGAAACUGCCAUGGAAGACUUGAAAAGCCACAUAGCUGAGACUUCUGGAGAGACCAUUCAAGGAUUCUGGCUCUUGACAGAGAUAGACCACUGGAACAAUGAGAAGGAGAGAAUUGUGCUGGUCACAGACAAGACUCUGUUCAUCUGCAAAUAUGACUUCCUCAUGCUCAGCUGUGUACAGCUGCAGCACAUUCUCCUGAGCGCUGUCCAUCGUAUCUGCCUGGGCAAGUUUGUCUUCCCCAAGAUGUCGCUGGACAAGAGACCAGGAGAAGGCCUUAGGAUCUAUUGGGGGAGCUCAGAGGAGCAGUCCCUAUUGUCACGCUGGAACCCUUGGUCUACUGAAGUUCCCUAUGCCACCUUCACUGAGCAUCCCAUGACGUACACCAGUGAGCAGUUCCUCAGAAUUUGCAAGUUGUCUGGAUUCACCUCUAAGCUUGUUCCAGCUAUCCAGAAUGCCCACAAGAAUUCUGCUGGAUCUGGAAGGGAAAAGGGGUUGAUGGUGUUAACUCAACCCAUUUUGAUCGAGACCUACACGGGGCUGAUGUCGUUCAUUGGAAACCGCAACAAGCUUGGCUAUUCCCUCGCUCGCGGGAGUAUCGGUUUUUGAGACUUUUUAAAUUUUAGUACACACUUGGAUCAUGCAUAGAUAUCCCAUAAUCGAAGCGUUUGUUUCAGCUCACUACCUGUUUGCACUGAAACAGUC